UAAAUGGUUGUAAACUUCCAAACGGCAAAAAUCUUAUAAAAUGUUUUAGAGAAGAAUUGAGAAUGUUGUCAGAUGAAAAGAGACAAGCUUAUUUUAAAGCUGUUCAGCAAAUGAAAGAUAAUGGAGCUUAUGACCUUUGUGCUAUUCAACACAGAGAUGCUUAUCUUUUAAAAGGAGCACAUAGAGGCCCGGCAUUUUGUCCGUGGCAUAGAGAACUUCUCAAAAGAUUUGAAAUACUGCUUAGGGAAGCUGCGGAUCAGACUAUGAAAACAACCGAUGUUUGUUUGCCGUAUUGGGAUUCGACUUUGGAGAGGCAAUUGCCUACACCUAAGGAUUCUUUAUUAUUCACCGAAGCUUUUAUUGGAAGCACAAAUUCCAAUAAUGAAGUAAGUAAUGGGCCAUUUUCACCUUGGCAAACAUUAGAGGGAAAUGAUUACUUAAAAAGAAAUGUUGGGAGUGAUGGAGUUUGCUAUAGUGAAGCAGAAAAAACAUUUUUGAAGAUCCCCCACGGAACUACACACACUUUUAUUGGCGAGGAUAUGAGCGAUCCAAAAAUUGCAGCAAAUGAUCCAAUUUUCUUUAGUCAUCACUGUUUUGUUGAUUUGAUAUGGGAAUUAUAUCGUUGGAAACAACAAACUUAUGCUCAACGACCAGUUCAAUAUACACCAGAUAAAAGAGAAUGUGAACCUGCUGUUCAUUUCAAAGAAGCAAAAAUGACAACAUUUCCUUUUUUCAAAAAUAUCGAUGGGUGUAGAAAUGAAUAUACAGACAAUAUGUAUGAAUAUGCUCCGAGGCCAACGUGUACAGUAAAAAAGCCAGAUUGUGGCUCAAAAUAUUUGUUUUGUGACCUUUCCCAUGUAACACCCCAUUGCGCAGCAAAAGUGCGCAUAGGCGGAGAUUGUAAGGGAUUUACUAAAGGAGAACAAGUUUGCUAUAACGGUAAAUGUGUAAAGAAUGUUUGUGUUGGUCAACAGGUAAAACACUAA